GCUUUUUUGCAAGUAAAAAAAAAUAACUGCAAAAGAAAGGUCUACCACUGAGAGAAAACAUAAAGUUUAGCAAAGUAAAACUUCAGCCGCAUUAACUUUGCAACACAUUUCCCUUUGCGCUGCUCCUUUAAAUCCGCGUUUCAGUCAUCCGUGCCUUUGCAGUGCAAGCUUUCCUUUGCGCUUCAUUUUUUCUUUGCGCCUCGCUUUGUGUCCCUGAUUUGACGUGGGGGAGGGGUCAAGAGGUUGAGGUGUGUACAAGGGACGAAGGCGCGUCCUUCUUGUUACGUCAUCAGCGCGAGCCCCAGAGCCCUGACCGAGUGGAUCGAUCGAAAUGGCGGAGCAGAGACAUGCGGGUGAUGGAUCACAGAUCUUUUCCUGGGAUGUUUAAAAAAGCAAAGAAGAAAACUCCAAAUCAACAAAUACAUGUGAAAGCCACACCUUGGAAACCAUUUGCUGUUUCCAUAUAUUUAAUGAGCAGCAACACUGACACCUCACCCACACCUUCUGAAGAGCUUGAACUACUCCAGGCCGGACUAGGAAAACGGGUGAUUACAAUUUCAUCCAAUGUGAACCAUUCGGAUGUGGGAAUGGAAGAAGAAAGCUUACUGUUGUUCCUCCAGACUCAGAGGGUUAUACAGGCAGCCUUCUCAAAAUGGCUACCACUGCUGGAAAAAACAGCACUGUAUAUGGUCCCUCUUCAAGAUGAGUUAUGUCUUGAUCCACUGCCAUUCUCAGCAGAAGAGUUUGCGAAGAUGCCAAAGGUUGAGUGUCGUACUUGUAAAACCACAAUGCCACUACCAGUUUUGUACUUGCAUGUUAAAUCUUGUGGUGGCUGCACACAGUCCGCUAAUGAUGAGACUACUGAAGAUGAUGAUGAGGAUGUAAAAGUAGUUGGUGAGAUUACCAGAGCAGUUACCCCUACAGCCCCAGCUUCUAUACACACACCCACCACUUCAAUACAAACUUGUUCUCCUACACCCACCACAAGUUUUGAGGAUGAGGGACAGUGUCCCAUUUGUUUAGACACAUUUUCACAGACAGAGUUGCCCAUGCAUGCAAGUGUAUGUGGAGAUAGUACAUUACAGACACUGGAUUAUGAGAGCAGUCCUCCGUGUGGCACACCUGUACAGCAAAACCAAGGCCCAGACAUGAAAUGUCCAGAUGAUGUAUUGCGUUUGUUGGCAAGUAGGGUAGAUGACAGCAAGGAUUUCAAGAUCUGUGUUUCUCGAACUGACUUCUAUCAAAGAGCUAUGGUGCAGUGGCAAAGACAAAAGAGAGGAACCCCGGGCAAUACUUUGCGUGUAACAUUUUUGGGGGAAGCAGGUGUUGACACAGGUGCCAUUCGUAAGGAAUUUCUUUCAGAUUUGAUUGGUGAGAUUGAGAAACACCUCUUUGAGCACAGAGGACACCAGAGAGGGAAGAGCCCCAUCUACUCCCUAAGUAAUAUGGAGAAGGGAUUUUUUAGGACAGCUGGAGAAGUGUUUUCUGUUAGUCUCGCUCAGGGUGGGCCUGCCCCCCGUUUCUUGAGGCCGUGGUGCUUUGAUUAUCUCUCAUCUGGAGACUUGGAUGAAUCAACUCUAACUAUAGAUGAUGUGGACGAUGCUGAACUUUAUCAUUUGAUUAAAAAGGUGGAGGAAGAAGAAACCGAUCUCUCUGCAUGGAAUGAUCAAAUAAUUAACUGUGGUUUUACUGGGGCCGUUAAACCUGAGAACAAAGAGGCCAUAAUAAGAUCAAUUGUGCUUCAUGCAACUCUACGUUUGGUCCCUUUGUUGAAGCAAAUCCGAAAAGGUCUUGAAGUCUACAAUUUUGUAGACAUUCUGGAAAACCAUUCAGGACUUUGCCACCAGUUCUUUGUCCCUGAUGUGGUGGAUGAUGAUGAUAAGGCUGAUGCAGACUUCAUCAUGCAGAACAUUCUUCCGAAAAUGUCGGAGAAGGGAUCAGUACGAGAGACUUAUGAAACAGCUAUAAUCAACUUUCUGCAAGACUUUCUCCAAGAAAUUGAAAGCUGUGAGGAUAACCCUGACGGAGACAUCCUGCCCUUAACUGUCCCCGGUGUUAUGCAAUGGCUCACUGGCCAGGGACACAAACCUCUUCUAAUGUCAGAACUUAAAGAAUUCAAAAUUUCUCUUCAUUUUGACCAUGAGUGUAUGCAGAGGAUGCCAGAACAUAAAAUAUGCUUCCCAGUUGUAAGUGCCUGUGCCAGAAAAAUUACAUUUCCCACAGUACACAUGGGUGACUACAGUUCUUUUAAGUCAGUCAUGUUGCAAGCCAUUCAAUUUGACAACGGUUUUAACAGAAUUUAAAAUGCUACUAAAUGUAUGGAAUUGUACAUGUUCGGGAAAAAAAAACUUUUAUACAUUGGCAAAUGUUCUUUAUGGUUUUGAAAUUUACUGUGUAUCUGUAGAGAACACAACGUGUUACAUAUUGUAAAAUUUGAUAUCUUAAUGCAUGUGUUUAGAGAACACGUUGUUAUAAGAGCCUUUUUCUUAAAUAUAGCAAAUACAGAAAAUAAAACAAGCAUGCAAUGUCAA